AUGGACACACCUAUUGGACUGUACAUCGUAGUCGAGGUCUCGAAAGCAACGGAUGUCUAUGAAGCGGUGGGCCAUCGCAGGGCGUGGCAUGUCCAAGUCCUGCUGGGCUUGAUAUUCGAGUUCGCAUUGUCACCACAUAACGGCACUGUUUUCUUUCUCAUUUCGCUGCUUCGAGACAAUUCCAAAACGUUUGUUAAUGAAGUCAUCACGCACUGUACCAAGAUCCUGCCGUCCGUUGUCUCGCCAUUCAUUCGGGGGCUGAAUCGGCUGACGUUGGUGGAUAACACGACGUUUGAUGAUGCUGCAGUCAUUGCGCUGCUGGAGAAUACGCCUAACUUGGAAGAGUUUGUGUUGCGGGAGAGUAAAGGGCAUUCAAUAUCGUGCCUGACGGCGAAACUCCUCGCGUUCAUGUUCAAGAUGUCUAUGGUGCGGCACAUUUGUUCGUUUGUGUCGGGAGACUUGCGUAUCGAUUAG